AGCCACUCAUUUUGCGCAAUGUCCACUAUUUUUUUCUCCAAAUUACUUCAACUUCUCUUCGGAGGAUAACUCGAUUUCUUUGCACUUCGACGGUGGCUAUGCUGCUCGUUUCUCCAAAUGCGGAGCAGACCCAGGCCUUAUUGGAGAGAUGUUCAAAUAUAAAAGAACUAAUGCAGAUUCAUGGCCAAUUGUUGAAAAAAGGCACUAUCAGGAAUCAUUUAACAGUACACAGGCUCUUGGCUUCGUAUGCAAGAAUAGAGUUGGGUGACUUAGCCUACACUCGUAUGAUUUUUGACAGAAUAAGUUUACCUAAUACUGUCAUAUGGAACGCCAUGAUCAGAGCAUACUCAAAUAGUAAUGACCCAGAAGCAGCGCUUCUUUUGUACCAUCAGAUGCUUCACCAUUCGGUACCUCACAAUUCUUACACUUUCCCUUUCCUUCUGAAAGCAUGUUCUGCCCUUUCAGCCUUUGAAGAAAUCAUGCAAAUCCACGCUCACAUUAUCAAAAGGGGUUUCGCUUCGGAGGUUUAUGCCGCAAACUCUCUCCUUCGUGUGUAUGCAAUUUCGGGCAACAUCCAUUUUGCACACGUUCUAUUCAAUCAGCUUCCCUCACCGGAUAUUGUUUCUUGGAACACAAUGAUUGAUGGGUACAUAAAAUUUGGAAACGUAGAUAUGGCCUACAAGAUUUUUAACGCGAUGCCUGCGAAGAAUGUCAUCUCUUGGACAACCAUGAUUGUUGGGUUUGUUAGGGCGGGCAGGCACAAAGAAGCUUUGUCACUUCUUCCGCAAAUGCUGGCUGCUGGCAUCAAACCUGAUAGUAUAACUCUCAGUUGCUCUCUUUCAGCAUGUGCAGGCCUAGGUGCAUUGGAGCAAGGCGAGUGGAUUCACACCUAUAUUGAAAAAAACGAAAUAAAAAUAGAUCAAAUUUUGGGUUGUGUUCUUAUAGAUAUGUAUGUUAAAUGUGGUGAAAUGGAAAAAGCCCUACUAGUGUUCAGUAAGUUGGAUAAGAAAUGUGUCUGUGCUUGGACAGCAAUAAUUGGUGGCUUUGCAAUCCAUGGAAAGGGUAGAGAAGCUCUAGAUUGGUUUACCCAAAUGCAGUUAGAAGGAACUAAGCCAAAUUCGAUCACUUUUACCGCAAUUCUGACUGCAUGUAGCCAUGCAGGACUCACUAAAGAAGGAAAGUCCCUGUUUGAGAGCAUGAGUUCUGUUUACAAUAUUAAACCCACUGCCGAGCAUUAUGGAUGCAUGGUGGAUCUUUUGGGUCGUGCAGGGUUGUUGAAAGAGGCAAGGAAGUUCAUAGAGUUCAUGCCCAUAAAGCCAACUGCUGCAAUAUGGGGAGCACUGCUCAAUGCUUGCCAACAGCACAAACAUUUUGAGCUUGGUAAAGAGAUUGGCGAAAUUCUGAUCAAGUUGGACCCUGAUCAUAGUGGUCGGUAUAUUCAUUUGGCAAGCAUAUAUGCUGCAGCCGGAGAAUGGAACCAAGCAGUCAGAGUGAGAAGCCAGAUCAAACAUAGGGGACUGCUAAAUCAUCCAGGAUGCAGUAGCAUCACCCUGAAUGGGGUUGUGCACGAGUUCUUUGCUGGGGGUGGAUCCCACCCACGAGACCAAGAGAUAUAUGACAUGCCUAAUCAUCUUGCAAAUAGAUAUGUUAACUAUUGA